AUGUUUAAAAGUGAUUACGUCAUUGAGAUAUCACAUGUAUAUGGAAACAUCAGCAUUAGGACUGAUGUUAGUGCCAAGUUUCAUGUCGGUGCGUUGUCUUUAAGCAUAGCCACCUUCAGUUUUGUACUGCAGAACCAUACCAACGAACAAGAAAUUGUACAAGACCAUCAAGUAAUGCAGGCUACCAGUGUCCAAUCACCUACUAUAUAGUACCGCAUUUGCAGCCAGUCACAAACAAGAGGGGAUCAAGCAAGGUAUUAUUUUGAUGAAGUCACAGAGUUUUGAAAAAAGAACCUUUUUUGGCGCAAAAUCACAUUUAUGAGCUUUGUAGUACAUGUAAUAACAUCGAAACUACGAUUGAAAACCCUUCCGCAAACGGUAUUUUGGUGUUAAGCAUGAAACGCUACCAUGCAGGGAUUUCAACUUGGUUUCUGGCAUAGUUUCCUUUUUUCAAAUCAAUUACAGUACUAGGAUAUUUUUAUUAAACGGUAAAUGCAUAAACUACUGCACACGCUCUUUCUACAAUCCACUUUCCUUGGCCAAUGAAACAUUCCGUCACUUUGGAGUACAUGGUUACCUUUGGACUUUAGAGCCCAUCACUGCCUUUGCUGACAGCCAUAUAUUAAGCCUCGCUUCACUAUCGGAGCUUAUUUUAUAGGUGACAAAUUUCACGAUCAGUUCUGCAAACCAUUAUCAUGGCUUUGCAACAGCAAAGGGACGGUCGGGCCCACGACGAGUUUGAGACCUUGGCGAAGUUCUACGCCAAGGACUCGGCCCAGGAGCUGGGGAAGUACAAAGCGCUCCGAGACCUGGACGUUUUCGUCCUGGACAACUCCAUCCGGGAGAGCACAGUGGCCCAGCUCCGCGGCCACACGCUGGACGACAAGUGGAAGUUGUACGAGGAGGUGCAGAAAUGCGGCUUUCAGAACAAGAUCGUGGCGAACUUCUCCGAGAUGACCCUAGUCGAUGACGAGUUUGUCAGGCAGCUGAUCAGCAAUGGAGAGGACCGCCGAGGGAUGUUUGCUUUCACUGAAGUGACUGAAGGCAGCCGCGAAGGAGUUCUCGAUAAAGAAACAGUUCCGGUCGGCUUGCGGAGGAUGAAGGAGCUGGGUCUGUGGAAUCCCCUCCUCGAGGUCAAUCUGGCAGAGGGAGCCUACAACCUCCUCCACUGUCCCAUUGAAGACCUGCUUGCUCUGCUGGAGAAGUGGAUCGUGUGGGCGCACGAGCACCUGCAUCCGGAGACCCGGGUCCUGGUCAACCUGCGCGACCUGCCGGACGCCAUGCCCGACAGCGCGCAUCGGGUGUUUAGGGCGGUGGACUUCCUGGCCCGGUUGCCGGCCACCUUGCGACCCAUCGGCAUCCUCUUCGAAGAGUACAAGGGGCUGUGCAUGCCGGAGGAGUGCGGCCUGUGGGCCAAGUAUAUCCGGCAGAUCAUGGACGCCAACAACUGGCAAGGACACCUCUUGGUUCACGUGCAUGAGAAGUUUGGCUUCUGCUACGCUUCCCAAAUCCAGAGUCUUAUCGGUGGUGCGGACGGUAUAUGGGGGAGCGUCUGCUUCGAGAGUGCAGGCCUAGGGAGCGCCUCGGCAUGCGUGACCCUGAUGAACCUGGUGCGGCUGGGUAAUAAGAAAAUUACCCAGGCGUUUAACUCGACUUACCUGCGGCGGGCCGCCAUCAAUGUGACCAAGAUCACCACGGGCUUUGAUCCCUACUCCAAGACCCCCGUCUACGGUGAGCAGGCCCUGGACCACGUCUUCGACCUGAAGAAGGAGGAGUUCGACCUGGCCGAUUUCUUCUGCGAGCGCGCCCCCGUGCGCAUCUCCACUAUGGCGUCCGAGGAGAUGAUCUGUACGCACUUGGUGGAGCUGUUCGGUGAGGAUCCGCAGUUUACCGUGAAGCAAGCCAACCGAAUGAGGAUGGUUAUGGAGGAAGACCUGCGUCACAACCGGAAAGAAGAGUACAUGAGCACCGUUGGCGUGGCACUUCUCUUCAAGAAGGCUGGUGGCUCACUCACCAAGAAAAUGAAAGAAGUCAUCCACAAGAUGGAGCUGGGCAAGCCGCACGCCGUGAACCUGAUCUCGCAAGUCCGCAAGAUGUGGGACACGUGGCUUGUAGCGGACGAGGUCAACGGUAACGGUGACGCACUGGAGCUGGAGUCAUUCUACAGCGGCUUCAUGGCCCCGUACUUCCCCAGCUUCGACCGGUGCCUCGAUACAAAGUGGACGCUCCACGCCUUAGACCUGGAGGAGAACGACCGGGUGCGCUGGGCCGAUUUCCAGGUGUACCUGACCUGGGCGAUGCACCAGUACCCCGACAUCAAAGAUGCUCAAGAGCUACUGGAUGUUACAUUUAGGAACGGGAUCGUUCCUUCCAUUCGGCAUAGUAUGGUUUCUGUAGAUCCGACCGCGUCCUAAGUAUAUUUUCAAUGUCGGAGUGCAUGCAUGAAACCUUUGCUGGCGGUGUAAACUUUGCAGGUGUUGAGCUUGCGCGUCUCAUUUCGGUAGUUUUCCUUUACGUCGCACUAAAAAACUUCGUCAGAAAUAAUCAAUUGACGUGAUCACUUCUAUGAAGAAGAGUAUACAAAGUCAUGAAUCAUUGGUUUGAUACAUUUGGGAUAAAAUCCUCCGUUUGGGGUUUUAUACAUUGGUACAUUCUACGCGUUGAGAAACAACCUGUUUUUACAGAAUACCGACGUGAUAACAUCAUUCGCACAAUUAUGACUUCGUAUUUCAAGGGAAUCAAUGCGAGAAUCAGCACGUGAAGCAACGCGACCAUAUUCCCUUCGUUUGCAUCAUAUCAAUACAAAGCAACUUGUAACCCAUAACAGAGAUCUAAAUGAUAACAAUUGAUAAUUUUUCGGUGAGUUCUAUUUUGUUGUUGAGGGAAAGUAAAUUCUACAACGGAAUGAAGGUUAAAGGGCUAGUCGAAGUUUAUCAUUGCUUGGGAAAUAGUGGAGCUACACGCGAACCUGAUUGUGGGCAACUGUUGAAUUUGUUUUGGUUUCUCUUGAUUCUAUUUUUGUGUAAAACUCGGAAUUUGGGUUAUUAUGUACUCAUGGAAGGAGCUGUCCGUAGCAUGGUAAACGCCAGAGGUAGCUGGCAGUGUUGUGUAGCUAGAAAGCCAUGAAUACUGUAUAAUUCAGUGGCAGGUGAUGUGAUGUCCGGUGCUGAAGGAAAUACAAAUGCUCAGAGAACCCAAAUAAGUUACUUUGCAAAUGUACCUAAAACGUGCUGUGCAAACACAGGUUUUUUGUCUCAUGUUAUUGGCUAUUGACAUUGCAUAAUGAGUUACAUGUUUUUGAAUUAUGCUUGUACAGCAUCUUUACACUCGUUCCUCUGUUAAAAUGUUCAACUUUUUAAAAGACAUGGUGGAUUGUCUUAUCUUUAAGCAACGUAUGGCACCUGCUUGCAAUGUACAAAAAUGAUAAUAUAUGUUGUAAUAAAAAAAUCUUUGUGUAGCGUGUUUUAUAAAUCUGCAUGCAUAUUAAAUGCCAGAUUUUACCCCCCUUUUGUUUUUUAGAAAGUGUUAUAUUCAGAUUUAUAGCUAAGGCAGAUUAAGAACCAAGUUUUUUAGAGGGGUGGGAAAUCCAAAACUUUUAUUCUUAUUCUUUGUAAUUUUUGUUGUUUUGUGGCUGACAACAAUGCUUGUGUGUGUGUUUUCCUCUUAACUGAUACCAACGGACACCAUUUAUGACUUUUUUGCCGAGAACAUAGUAAAUCUGAUCUUGCCACUUGUCGGAAUAAACAUUACACGAUGUGCCGGUAAUUUUUGCAAAAUUAAAAACUACUGCAUUCAAUGACAAUAAACAGUUAUUAGUUAUUUCGCUUGUA